AUGUAUAUUUAAAUAUUUCAAAUGUGAAUAAGAAAAAUUUCAUUUUGUAUAUAUGUUUUUAGUAUAUAUAUUUUUUAUAUAAUAUAUUUGUACGAAGUAGAUAGAAAAUUUAAGACCCGAUCUAAAAAUUAAAACAAAUAUAUGGAUCUAUAUAUAAAAUCAUCAAUUUUUUUAAACAUAAAGAAUUUAAUUUUAAUAUUAGAUGAAAUAUAUAAAAAUAAAGAAAUCAUGUCUCAAAUCGUGAUUGAUUGUUUUAUCUAAUGCAAAAAUAAAUUGUUUAUAACUUGAAAAAUAAAUUUCAUUGGAUAUAUUUUUGGAUAUUGCAUAUCAAAAAUUUAUGUCUGCGUUUGUUUUAAUUUCUAGAAUCAUAUUUUAAAAUUUUUACUUAUUUCGUAUUCGAAAUUUUUUAUAUAAUAAUAUAAAUAAAUAUUAUAUUGAUAGCUAUUUCAUCACUCAUUGAAUUAUGUUAAAAAAAAGAAUUCAUUAAACAAAAAAAAUCCGCUCAUAUAUUAUGAUUUCAUUGUAAUCAAUUUAAUUUUAUGUAAUAUUUAAUAUAUAACAAUAAAAGAAAUCUUAUAGCAAAAAGAAAAAAUAUUAAUAAAAUAUUUAUAAGUUAUAUUAAACAGUAAUUUAAAAACUAAUUCAAAUACAUAUGUAGUCUAUCUUUUAAAUACCGGUUAUAUCAUACGUAAAUGAUUUAUAAGUUAAAAUAUAAUACAAAAUGAAGAUACAAUGGUUAUCAAAUUUUAUAUUAGCCGGUACUAUUAGAUUUUUAUUAAUGAAUUCUGAAUAUCAAAAAAUCAUUAGUGAUCGUGUGGAAGUUUCUACUGCAUUGAAUUCUUGGAAGAGAGUAACUGAAGGAGUCUAUUUAUAUAACUUUGGCAUUGAUCCUUAUACAGGAGAUUUAUUUCAUGAAACACCUAUUGGAUUAUAUGUUUUUAAUUUCAUACAACAACAUUUACCACAGUCAAUAUUAUUUUGUUUAUUUGUGUUCACUGAUUUAUUAACAGCAUUAUUUCUUGGACUUACAGCAAAACAAUAUGCGACUGAAUUGGUUUUUAAAAAAAAGGAAAAAGAAAAAUUAUGUAAUGAAAAGAUAGAAAGCCAUAAUAAUGCUUCAAUAAUAUAUACUUCAAUAAUGUAUGUCUCAGCAGGAUAUUUAUUUAAUCCAUACAUAAUACUUAAUUGUGUAGGGCAUACAACAACAGUAUUUACAAAUUUAUUAUAUUCCGUAGCAUUAAUUUCAAUGAUAAAAUCUUCUAUAUUUUGGACUUGUUUAUCAAUUUCUUUAUUAACAUUACAAGGAUUUUAUCCUAUUUCACUCAUAGUACCAGCAAUUAUUUAUAUUGCUCGUUCUGAUAGUAUAAAACAAAAAAGAAAUAUUCUUAAUUUUAUUAUAGUAUUUAUAAGCAUAUUAAUUGGUCUAUUUUAUAUUUCCUAUUAUAUCAUGGGAAAUUGGUCAUUUAUUUGGAAUACAUUUGGCUUUAUUUUAACAGUUCCUGAUUUACGUCCAAAUAUUGGACUGUAUUGGUACUUUUUUACAGAAGUAUUUGAGCACUUUAGAUGGCUUUUUAUUGCUUCUUUUCAAAUAAAUGUUAGUUUACUAUAUAUAGUACCAUUAGCAUUGAGGUUACGACAUGAUCCAAUGUUACUAGCAUUUUCUUAUUUAGCAGUUAUUGCUAUAUUUAAAUCAUACCCUUGUAUAGGAGAUGUUGGAUUUUAUAUGUCACUUUUACCACUUUGGAAACAUUUAUUUCAAUAUACACAACAAGGAUUUAUUGUAGGUUGUUUUAUGCUAUUUUGUACAAUUUUUGCACCUACUGUUUGGUAUCAAUGGAUUUAUUCCAGAUCAGCUAAUGCAAACUUUUACUUUGGAGUUACAUUAGCAUUUGCUAUAGCACAAAUUUUUUUAGUAACAGAUAUUCUUUUCGCAAGUGUAAAACAUGAAUUUGCUGUGCGUCAUGGUAUUAAUAAGGACAUUAAUGGAAGUAAUACAAAGCUUCUUUUAGAAUAAAAUUGUAUUUUAAAAAAUUUGAUAUUAAAAUUAUUAAUUGAAGUUUUAAAUUUUAUAAAUAUGGUUUUCAACUUGUUAAUGAAAUCAUUUUUAAAUAAGAAACUCUUUUUAUCAUAGAAAUAUAAAUGAAUUAAUUUUAGUCCCAUAGAUUUUGUAUUGUCAAUAUAAAUAUAUGUCUUAAAGAUAUGUAACAUAAUAAUAAUGAAUAUAAUCA